UGUUGUAAUGUUUGCGCCGUAAAUAAGUGUUAUGUUCGGUUGUGUGCGUGUGUACGUAAAGUGUCCUUAUAAAUCUAUGUGUGAAAAACUGCCUUAUUGCCUUGGAUUGAAGCCGUCCUAUAAAUACUAAUUUUGUAAAGGAAUUAAAUAUCAAAAUGGCCAACGAUCGUGAAAGAAAAGCUCAAGAACGAGAAAAGUUGAAGAAUAUAAUCGAUCAAUGGAACGCUAACCGAUUGGAUAUAUUUUGGCUGUCGGAACCGAAUGAGGAUUUGGAGUUCCAUGGAGCUAUGCGAUUUUAUUUUCAAGAUGCUGGUCAAAAAGUAGCUACUAAAUGCAUCAGAGUUUCCAGUACAGCUACCACAACGGAUGUCAUCGAAACUCUGAUUGAAAAAUUCCGUCCUGACAUCAGAAUGUUAUCUAUUCCUGAAUAUGCCUUGUACGAAAUACAUGAAAACGGAGAAGAGAGGAAGCUAAAAGGUGAAGAAAGACCUUUGUUAGUGCAGCUGGAUUGGCAUAAAGAUGACCGAGAAGGCCGCUUUCUGCUGAGGAGAAUGGAUGAAAAAUCUUACAUAUCUAGCAUGGAUGCUUGUGAUAAUGAAAACUUCAAGAGGAAACUUUCAAAAAGAGAAAAGAAAGAGAAGAAGAAAAGGGAAAAGCGUGAACGAUUAAAAGCUGCAGAAGAAAGUAAAAAAGAUGGCAUUGCUGAACGCUUAUAUUCAGAAUUGCCAGAAACAAGUUUCACUCGAUCUAUAUCAAACCCUGAAGCUGUGAUGCGGCGUAGGCGUCAACAAAUCCUUGAAAAGAAAUUACAACAAUUUUGCCAAGAAGGUGGAUCUGAUGCUGGAGGAACACUCAGAAUAUUUGGUGAAGCUUUAAAUAAAGAUGUCCCUUAUAAAACUUUACUUUUGUCAACUCGAGACACAGCAUCAUAUGUAGUGAAAGAAAUACUCAACAAAUAUGGAUAUGACAAAGAAGAUCCAGUACAGUACUGUCUUGUGCAGACUAUAGUUUCUCAUCAUAGUCAGUCAGAUGGUCCUGAUUUCCAAACAAAUGGUGGUAUUAGAGAAUAUAUAUUAGAUGAUGAUGACUGUCCUUUAAUGAUCCAGCAACAACAUAAUAGAAAUAGAGGUGCUUUAUCAUUUCAUGUCAGGAGACGUCCUGCUGAUUAUCAACCUAGGAAGCGGAAAAAAAAGGCAAAACCAACUAAAGAUGAUAUGGGUUACAGAUCUGAUGAUGGCAAUGAAAAAUUGCCAUACUUGUUGGAAUUAAAUCCAGAUGGAAGUGAAAGUCAUGGACCUCCUAAAAAACAUAGACUUUAUCUAAAUGUUACUGAAGUUGGAAGUGAGCGAAGCAGUUCGAUAGGUGGGCAAUAUUUGCAGUUGUUUGGACCCAACGUUCAGCCUCGACAUUGUGUCAUUGCUCAUACUCAAGGAAUUGUAACGGUAACCCCUAGCAGCAGAGAUGCUGAAACAUAUGUAAACAACAUGAGGAUAUAUGAAACUACUAUAUUGCAAAAUGGAAUGGUUGUACGAUUUGGAAAACUCCAUACUUUUAGAUUUGUAGAUCCUUUACAUGAUCAGAAGCAUGGGAUGUUGCCUGAUCCCCGUCAACACCCAGAGUUUAUAGAAAGAAGUCGAAGAGAAGACCAGUUGUCUCUUCACCAUCAUGGCAGCUAUGAAACUACAUUUGAUGCUGAUGGCAAUGUUGAAACUGUUUCUACACAUUCCAGGGAUGAACGUCUUUCAAAGAAGUCAGAUGAUGCUCUUUCCCAUAGGUCUUUGGGAAGGGAAAGCACUCAUGGCCGAGGCAGCUGUGAUAGGUUUGAACAAAAGAGGGGAAAUGAUCCUAUACUCCCAGCUGUUCUGGAGUUUUGGGAAGAUGGUGAAGAAGCAUUUUUGAAUGCUGCAAUAACACAGCUAGAUCCUAGUCAAGUCCAAUUCAAAUUAUCUCCUACAUAUGCUCUUUAUAUGGCAGCUCGAUAUCGUGCAUCUACUCAUUUUAGGCCGGAAACCACUCCUAAUGAUAGAGCUCACAGAUUAACUGCACUUAUGAAUAAUGUAGCUGCAGUUAUGCAUCAAGUAAUUCAAGAUAGAUAUCGUGAUGCAUCAGCAUUAGCAUUUUGGCUUGCAAAUACUUCAGAGCUACUACAUUUUCUGAAGCAAGAUAGGCACUUGAGUGCUUAUACCCUUGAUGCUCAAGACCUACUGGCUGAAAGUGUGCAAUUAGCGUUUCGAAGUCUAGUAACUUGCCUGCAAGUUGAACUUCAAGAUGCUAUGCCUGCCUUUUUAGAGGACCGAGAUGAUAUCAAUGAAGAGGAAGGCACAACUGCUGAUGUUUUGGCUGUCCUUGCUUCUGCUAUGUCCUUGUUACGGCGUUGUCGUGUCAAUGCAGCUUUAACUAUACAGAUGUUUUCUCAGUUGUUUCAUUUCAUUAAUAUGUGGCUGUUUAACAAAGUUGUGUGUGAGACGAGAACUAAUCUCUGUACUAGAGUUUGGGGUGCCAGAUUAAAACGCCGACUUGGUCGGGUUGAAGCCUGGGCAGAGAAACAAGGUUUAGAACUUGCAGCUGAUUGCCACCUUAGCCGUAUUGUACAGGCUGCUCACUUACUGCAAGCUCCCAAAAGUAAUUCUGAAGAUCUUGCUUCAAUAAGUUCUCUUUGUUUCAAGCUGAACUCCUUACAACUACAGACACUUCUUGAAAGGUACCAGCCAGCAGAAGAUGAACCUCACAUUCCUCGUGAACUUAUUGAAAGUGUCGUGAAGGUUGCAGAAAACACAGCUGAUGAACAAGCCAGGAGUGAAGGACGAGAAAUAAAACUGGAAGAAGAUUCUGAUUUGCAGCUACCUUUCUUGUUGCCAGAAGAUGGAUAUUCUUGUGAUAUUGUAAGGGGUGUUCCUGCUGGCCUCCAAGAAUUUUUGCAGCCUCUUAUUCAAGCAGGUUACUGCCGUUUAACCAUUCAACCUACAUCCUCUGGUUAUUGGACUAUAUAUAUGUCUGAUCAAGAUAUUGGAAGAAUGCCAUCUGGGGGUCGUAGCCCUAGUGUCCAUAGUCAUGUUGAUGACAAUAGCAGUUGGAAACAUCAUGAACCUGAGGUAGCUACUAUCCGUCUACAGAAGAGCAAUAAUGGAAUAGGUUUGAGCAUAGUUGCAGCAGGGGGUGCUGAUCAUGAUAAAUUGGGAAUCUACAUCAAAUCUGUUGUGAAAGGAGGAGCAGCUGAUUUGGAUGGGAGAUUGCAAGCUGGUGAUCAGUUAUUGAAAGUGGAUGGCCAUUCUUUAGUUGGUGUAAACCAAGAGAAAGCUGCAGAAUUAAUGACACGUACUGGACCUGUUGUUACACUGGAAGUAGCCAAACAAGCAGCAAUUUAUAAUGGUUUAUCAGACUUGUUAAGUAAACCUUCACCAACAAUUCAAAGAGGACCACGAAGAAUGAGUGAACGAGACAUUCCAUCUAGAGUCAUGCAUGAAAAUAGACCUGACAGUAGAUUACCUACAGGACCUGGUCAGAUGAUGCCUCCUCGCAUGCAGGGAAGCAAAAGUGUUCCUUCAUUAAACAGUAAUCAUGAUGCGGAACCAGCCCGAGUCCAUGCCAAUGGCAGCAUCCGCUCCCAUGAAGUUUACAAUCCUGCUUAUAGCAGAACGUCUUCCACAGCCUCAAUACCUAAAGCUAGUGAUUAUCCUGAUCAACACUCCAGAUCAAAAUCUGCAAAUAAUCUUCGCCAAGAAAUGCCAGUGGAUCCUAGAAUGCAGUAUGGGAAUCCACCAGAUGAUCCAAAUCCACCACCUUAUCCAGGACCACCAGAGGGCAAUAGAGUUGUGCCUAAUCCUCAUGUACCGCAUUCUCAGCCAAGCAUGCAUCCGCCACCUCAAGUGCCAUCCAUGCCGCCUUCUGCUAUACAGGAAGAGAGGCAUUAUCAAAAUAUAAGUGUAUAUCAACAGCCACCGCCUCCUCAACAAAUGACAGCUCAGCAGCCAAAUCCAUACCCACAACAUCCCAGGUCAGUUGCUCAAGCUCACCCACAGCAUCCACCUAGGAUGCUACAUGGAUCUCAAUCAUCCCUCAGCAGACCUGAUCCUCAGGGACUACAAUCUCCUGUUGAUCGCUCACGUCCUUUGUCCACUUUAGUAUCCCCACGGGAACAGGAGCAGUAUGCCAACUCUAUGGGUUAUCCUCAUCCUAAUGUGGGUCCACCAAGAUCGCCCAAAGGUUCUCAACAUGGCUCUGUUGACUCUCAUUAUGGUCCUCAAGGUUAUCCUCCUCCUAGGCCACUACAUGAUCAGAGGGAUUUCCGCAGUGCUGAUCCAUUACGGCCUCCAGAAGCUGAUAUGAGACCCUAUCCAGAUGCUGUACCCCACCCUGACAUGAAUAACAAACCUUAUCCAGUGAAUUCUCAUGAAUACAAUAUGAUGCACAUGGACCCUCGCCAAAGAGAUAUUUUAAGGCAGGAGGCCAAGAUGGAGGAAAUGCGGGAAGAAGUUCGUCGACGGGAGGAUCGUGAAAGACUCAUGUUACAACAGCAGCAGCAACAUCAUCCGAUGGGGAGAGGAACAACAUGGUCGCUUCCUAGGGGUCCUGCACCUGCUGCUAGACCACCACAUGAUUAUCAUCAUGGUCAGCAAAUGACUGGACACAUGCAUCCACCCUAUCCCGGCGGUCCACCUGCACCAGCUCCUAAACCUCGUCCUCAGUUAUACAAUAAUCCAGGCAUGGAAAGACUCCCUCGACCGGCUGGUUAUAUGCCUCCACUUGAGAAUUCACUUCCCUAUGAUGGGAAUGUUAUGCAUCCUCAACAUCCACCACCAAAUACCAAUCCUAGAAUGCAACACCAACCUCCUCCUGUUGUUAGUUAUCGCUAUGGUCCAUCAGGAUAUCCACCUCGAGGGGAAGAAGGCAUGGAGCAAAAGGUCACUCGACCACAGUUGAUGCCAGAUCCAAGAAUAGCUACACUUCCAGCUAAGCCUUCUAAUAUGAGCCAAAGCUCUCGUAUUGCUUACGAAGCCCAACAGCAUGUUUCAGGCCAUGAUAAAAAAGAAACUUCAAGCCUCCUGAGUCCUUCACCAUGGGAGAGAGAAGAAAAAGAGAAAAUAUCCAAUGUUGUAUCAGGCAACUUUUAUUAUGCUACUCAUGUUCUUUUACAUAAACAAAAACAGGAAGAAGCAAGACGUGCUCGAGAUGAAGAAAUUCGUGAACUGGAAAGUAGACCUCAUCUCACUCCUCAGCAAGAGGAUCGUUUGAGAGCUUUAAGACUUGAACAGGAGUUCCAAAGGCGUGCUGAAGAAUUACAUGGAGAGGAAGAUGAUGACGAUGAUGAAGAUUUAUUGGACCGUGCUGAAACUCGAGAGCGAAAAUUAAAAAUGCAGGAAGAUCUGGAACGAGCUCGCCUGCGCCGUUUGGAAUGGGAUGUGCAACAAAGCCAAACACAAAUGAAAAUGCAACCACCACCACCACAACAGCAAAUGAGCCACAAUGAUGAAUGGAAGAGACAACAACAAACACUAGAGGAACAAGAAGGAAGAUUAAGGCAAUUGCGCUUAGAAGAAAAUCAAAGGAAAAGAGAAUUGGAGGUUGCCAAAAGUGCUGAAGAAAAACUUUUAAGGGAAGCUAGACGUCGGCAGGAUGAAUUCAAGACACCUAAUAGUAUUCCAAACAGACCUAGCCAACCUCCUAUGAAUCAUCAGAUGAUACCGAACAGCCAGCCACACAUUCCCAAUCAUCAACCUAUACCUAAUUAUAAUAUGGAGAAAGUAAACCAGACUGAUAACUCUAAUCACCAAGAUGUUCCACCACCCUUGCCAACAUCACCACCCCCUAUAGAACCCAGUUACCAAUCAGUCUACAGUCAGAAACCUGCUUCCAUGCGGAAUCAAAGACUGAAUGACUCGCAUCUCAGUCAACAGAACUCUAGUGGGGGUUACGAGAAACAGCUGGAACCUCCUGCUCCUCCAGCUCGAAAAUCCUCCUAUGAAAUCACUAAUCAAAUGACUUCAAUGGGCCCAGGUAAUCGCUAUGUUCCAUCAUCUAUGCGAAACUGUGACAAUGGAGCCCCUCAUUAUCCCAAAAAGGUUUCCUUCCAUGAUUCCCCCAUGGAAAACGAUUGUGAUUCAAAUGGCAACCACAAUGUCGAUACUGGCAGCUCACAGUCAUAUACUCUCGAUGAUAUCAAUGAGGUACUUGCAACACCUCACAACAGUCAGAACCUAAACACUUAUAAUGCUGGCAAUACUCCUGGGGUAAUAGGCUCCCAGGAAGUUUAUCGAGAUCCAAGGCAGCGCAUUGAAGCUGAAAGGACUUUACAAGUUACCCACACUAAAAACCCAGGGCCAGAGAAAUUGACAUUCAAAGAAAAAAUGAAAAUGUUUGCGCAAGAAGUUGGAGAACAGGAGUCCCCAAAGGACAAAAUGAAGAUAUCUAGAGCUCAAAGAGAGAUAGAGACCAAUUUGAAUGGAAGUUGAACGUCGGACACAAUUGCUGCUCAUGAUGUCUACUUAUUCAUUUAUAUCAUAAUGCACAAGUCUUGCCAGAGAUUUGUCUCCACAAAAGAAGUGUUCCCGUUUUAGAAGCAUCUUUUAAUAGGCAGUUAUUGUUGUUUUAUAAUGAAUAAUGUCCAUAUGAUUUGGAAUGAGAAAAUUUAUUAGUGUUUAUAUGGAUUAAAUGUGUAUAUUCAAAGUUUAUAAUGCCUCUGUAAAGUUUUUUAAGAAGAUUUUUCUGGAUAUUUAUAUAGCUUUUUAUUUGUAGUUGUGAAUAUUUGAUUUGUGUAAGCCUUUACUUUUGUAUUUAAGACCAAUUUUAUUGCAAUAUUUGUCAUUGUCAUUUUUUUGCUAGCAGUAUUAAUUCCAGGUUUGUAUUCAGAUUAACUUUUUUAUAUUGUAGCUGUUUUGCUUCUGCAUUGCUGUAAUUUGUGUAUAGAAAAUUAUUUUUCACUCGUAUCUUUUCAAAAAUUAAGGAUAAAAUGUUUUAGUUGCUUUUAUAUAAUUAUUUUAGAAUAAAAUUCUUGUACAAAUGUUUUUCUUUUAUUAUAAUAUGCUAAAAAUAGAAACUUUCUAGUAAAUAGUACUGUAACAAUCCAAAAAUUAUAUUUAAGAAUUUCAUUUUAAUGGACAAAAUGCUUAAAAGCAGUAGAAAAUGGCUUCAUUUUUCAACUGAAAAAUAUUAGUAAGGGCCUUAAAAUAAAAUCAAAAUAUAUUGUUAAAAAUUCAUAUUGUUUUGCAAUUUUUAUUGCAUUUCUUUUCUUGUUGAUUAUCAUUGUGUCAAGGCAAUGCAUUUUAAGAAUUACUUCAUGGAAACAUUUUAUUUUAUCAGUGCUUGCAAGUUUAAUUUUAUAUUCUUUUUAUAUGAAAAGAAGCAUUCUUAAAUUAUAUUUUCUUAUGUUUUUUUAACCUAAAAGUCAUUUUUUAUACAUGAAUUGAAAGCGAUUAAUUAGUAUUGUUGUAAUAUUUUCUUUUAAAUUUUAAAAAUAUAUAUUAAAGAGUCAAAUGUAUUUUUACAUUUGUUAGAAGUGAAAUUUAAGUCGUAUAUUCAUAAUUUGCUAGCAAAAUAUACUACCAGAAGAGCUGCAUUGGUACUCAGUAUUCCAAUAAUAAUCAAAAGAGCUCUUAAGAAAUAUAUCUAUGCAGUUAUAAAAUUAAAAAUUUUCUAUUUUAAAAUAGUUGUAAGUAAAGUAUUUAAGAGUUAAAUGUUUGAAAUAUUAGCUAAUAAGUGAUAGCAUAUAUGUUAGCUAAUCUUCAGAUUUUUAUCUUUCUAUAAGACAUUUAUAUAAUUACAGGAUGUAUUUUUAUUUUUUAAAUUAUAAUUUUUAUUCCUUGCACAUAAUGCAUUUUGAAAUCAGGAAAUUCAUAAUACAUCCUACAUAAAUCUAUAAAUUUAAAGAAAAAAUAAUUUUUAGAAACAGUACUUUAAUUAUUAAGUAGUAUUAUCAAAACUUAUAGAUUCAAUUAUAAUUGAUUCUUAUAAACUAGCAUCAUUCCUCUUUUCUCUUAUAAUUUCUUAAUCACUUGUGCCUAUAAAAACUUUAAAUUUAUCUAGAACUCAUGAGUAUCUUAAAUCAUAUUGGUGGAAUCAUUUUCAAUUUAUCAUAACAUAUCACUUUUGUGCAUUCUAAGAAUAUGAAAUAUUUUUUGCAUAGAGUGCCUUCAUUGUGAAAUGAAACCUUCUUCGUGAUUGUUUAGAAUCCGUCCUUUUAACUUUAGCAGCUGUUUUCUUAUGAUUAUAUGAAAUGCUUUUAUGUAAUAUUUCUUUUACAAAUUGCUGGCCCAUUUCUAUUUCAGGAUGUAGUUUCCAUGUCAGAUUUAUAUCUGUAACAUAAUAUAAUCAUAAGCAUUAUAAAUAUUUGUAGUUGUAAUAUAAUAAAUGUGUACAUUUUCA